AUGAUUAGGAACGAAGCAGAGUUGAUUGCAAAGGUUCUUGAAGAUAUUUUGUGUAAAGUGAACGUAGUGGGAAAAUAUUCUUCCACAAAAGAGAUUAAAGAUUUAUUGAAGCUUGGAACAACCGAAGUUCAUACCGUGGGAAUCUAUGGGAAGGGUGGAAUGGGUAAAAGAACCUUACCAAAAUUCAUCUAUAAACAAAUAUGUGAUAGAUUUGAUGGCAGUAGUUUUCUUACAAACAUUAAAGAAAUUUCAAAACAGCCUGAUGGUUCAGUUCGUUUACAGAAACGUCUUCUUCGUGAUAUCUUGAAAAUGGAGAAUUUAAAGAUCGACAACAUUCAUGAAGGAAUUGAUUUGAUUAAGGAAAGUCUGCAAGGCAAAAAAGUUCUUGUUGUUCUUGAUAAGGUGAAUCACAUGAAACAACUACAUGCCUUAGCUGGAAAUUCUGAGUGGCUUGGUCCAGGAAGUAGAAUCCUUGCAACAACUAGAGAUGAACUAUUGCUAAUUCGACUCGGCGUGCAAGGAAAAUUUAAGGUUGAAGAAUUGAAUUACUAG